AUGGAAGAGACACAGGGGCCUCUGGCCAUGACCGUCCAUCUCCUCGCCAACUCUGGGCACGGCCCGCUCCUGCAGCGGACUGUGGAUCAGCUCUUGGAUUGCAUUUGCCCAGAGGUCCGUCUCUUCCUGGUGUCUGAGAGGGUCAGUCCAGUGAAAUCCUACCAAAAGGCCCACCCCAGGCGGUCGCGCUGCCCCGGGGUGUCCGUGCUGCUCUUCCUGCGUGACAGCUUCGGGGAGCAGCGGCUGCUCCGCGCUCUGGAUUCCCUCCGGCACGCGCCGUGGCAGCGCUACCCCAGCCGGGAUGCCCAGGCGAGGCUGUGUCCCUACCUGCUGGCCGAUCAGGAGUUGUACAGCCUGGACAGCCAGACGCCGGUCUGGGGCGUGAGGCAGGCGCACCGCGGGGUGGAGGUCCUCAGGGUGACGCUCUACUGUGGUUUUGAUAACUACGAGGACGCCGUCAGACUCUACGAGAUGAUUCUGCAGAGAGAAGCCACCCUGCAAAGGAGUAAUUUUUGUUUCUUUGCGCUCUAUGCCACUGAGAACUUUGUUGUGCAGCUGGCCCUGAAGCAGCUGCCCCUGGGAAUGUCUGUGGACCCCAAAGAGUCUUCGGUGUUGCAGUUUAAAGUUCAGGAGAUCGGCCAGCUAGUGCCCCUUCUACCCAAUCCCUGCGUCCCCAUCAGCAGCACCAGGUGGCAGACUCAGGACUACGAUGGCAACAAGAUUCUGCUUCAGGUCCAGUUGAGCUCCGGAGCUGGUGUUAGGAAUGAAGAGCUUUCUCUCAUGAAUGGCACCUCAGGAGCUGAUAUGCUUGUGCAGGGCUCCAGCCUGCCUCUUGUCCCUGCAAAGAAGACCCCGCAACCAAGGAGCCGGAGGAGCCGGGCCAGGAGGCUCCAGGUGCGUUCUCUGGAGCUUCCUGACCACAGUGGGAGCCCAAUCUCUGCCAGCCCUAGUGGCACUUUGUGGAAAAGCCCUAGCUGGUCAUUCCAGGCCAGCACCUCACCUAGCAGUGCCCAGCCACAUCUGCCUUCUCCGCAUCUGAAAUCUGGGGCCACCAAGAAGGUCUUCAGCUGGGAAAACAGCUUUCAGAAGCUUGAGGAAGAGACUAAUGUUGACACUGGCUUCACUGUCAUCAGUUCCAAACCCAGGCAAUCUUUUCUGAGCAUAUCUCCAAGGGGUUUACAGAGUAGCCAGCCACUGCCAGCCUCUUCCUUAGGCAUGGCUCCCUCCAAAAACAACAGAGACCUUAAGGAAAGCAUCUAUCCUUUGUCACUUGCUGGUCAAAGGGUCAUUGACACAAAAAAGGUAAUCUCAAAAUGUCCCCUUCAUCUGCAAGACCACGGUGAAGAAAAAGAUGAAGAAGAAUUCUUUAUAUAG